AUAGCGGUCAAAGCCAUGAUCAUCUUCCUGCUAACUCGUUACGGAGCAGUUUAGUAAUCACCACACGCAUUGAUAACCAAUCAUAUUACAGGAAUUCCCGAACAUAGAGCUUGCUUUGAAAAAGAAAGAAAUGUCGUUUUUGCGCAAGAAAAAUUACGAAAAAACCCCCUCAAGCGCAAAUUAGUAUCAGGUGUCCGUACGUAUGGAACAUGUUAAACGCAAUUUACCUGGGAAGUUAAGCUUUUUCGACUGAUUCUAUGUGUUUUGCUUUGGAUAUGAAUGCUGCGAGUGGAAUAUAAUUUCAAAUCACCCGUUUUCUUAUUUUGACCAUGAAAUUCUCUUCAAACUAUUUGCAAAUGAAAUGGAUUCUAGUUAGUUUAAUCAUUAUAGGAGUUGCGUCAGACUCUGACUACGAUUACGAUGAAGAUGAUGCUUCUGGAAGAUCGAUUCGUGUUCAUAGUCUUUAUCAAGAUCGUCCUUGUCAAUAUCGCAGGCGUGAAGGAGUAUGUAAAAGGAGAUCGGAAUGUAGAAGACCGACAAGACAUACUUGCCGUCACGGUUUGAAUCCCAUCGUCUGCUGUUUGGACAAGGUUACAACAACGGAAGCAACUACUACGAGUACAACUACAACUACGACGCGUCGGCCACGCCCCAAUCCUAAACCAGAUACGGUUAAAAAUAUUGAUAUAACAUUUCCGGGUUGUGGUUCACGGUCUCCAAACUUUGAAGACGAAAUACGCAGAACUGGAAGCAGCGGAAGAUCGCGUGGAGCAUUUGGUCGUGGUGGAUUAUUUUCACGGCGGAAUAAAAGAGAAAUAAAAUAUGUCCGAUCAAAAAGACAACUUGGUUCUGCAGCAAGGCCAAUUAUUGUAGGGGGAGCAGAGGCCAGGUCUAAUUCUUGGCCAUGGAUGGUUGCUAUAUUCAGAAAACCUUCACCAGGAGUGAAAGAUAAAACCUUUCUGUGCGGAGCGUCACUCAUCAGUAAGAAAUAUGUGCUGACAGCGUCACAUUGCUUUGAUGGAGAGAGAAGAGCUCCAGAUCCAUCCAAGUUUACAGUGAUCGUGGGGUCUCACACAUCAAAAGAUGGAAUAGAAUAUUCGAUAGAUGAUAUCCUCAUCCAUCCUGAAUAUCAAAAACGUCAAUAUUACAACGAUAUUACUCUGUUGAGAGUCAGCGGAUCAGUGCAAUUAUCGAAAAAAGUCUAUCCAGUUUGUUUACCAUCCGAUGGAUUAAAAAGCAAAAUCAAAGUUGGUGCAAGUAAUGUGACCGUCACUGGUUGGGGUGACACCACGUUUGGUGGAGUGAAUAGCAAAGUAUUGCAAGAAGUGAGUAUGCCAAUAGUACCUCUCAAAGAGUGCAAUGCCUCUUAUUCCAAGAUUCCUCUAACGAAUUUCCCUAAAGGCAUUACAACAGAAUUCAUGUGUGCUGGUUAUAAAGAGGGUGGAAAAGAUGCCUGUCAAGGUGAUUCAGGUGGUCCAAUGACAACAGAACUCACAGAUAAAUCUUGGGUUCAGCUUGGCAUUGUUUCAUUUGGAUAUGGUUGCGCCAGAGCCGGCUUUCCUGGCGUCUAUACAAGACUUUCUCAUUACACACAAUGGCUCUACGAUAACACUGAUCUCGGAAAGAACUGCACGCUGAAACUUCAAAUGAAGUGGAACUAUGUGGUUUUUCUGAUUCUUUUUGAAGGAUUUGUGUCUCAUUCCCUAAUGGUGAUGGAAAGAUAUGAUGAGGAUGAUGAAGAUGAAGUGGAUAAUACGGAGAAAAAGGAAUUUGAUAUCACAAUGUCGUGCUGUGGCUUUCAAGAUCCCAUCCUAGAUAGGAGAAGACGUGAAACCAAUAUAAGAUCUCCCCGAGAACAAGGAUUGGAUGUAUUCUUUCCACGUCUAAACAAAAGAGAUAUAAGAGAACAUACUUGCUUCACGCCCCGUAUUGUUGGAGGGGAGGAAUCCAAAGCUCAUGCUUGGCCAUGGAUGGUAGCUAUCUUCCGAGCUAGAGAUAGAAAUGAAAGACACCUUUGUGGAGGAUCACUAAUCAGCCAAAGAUUUGUGCUUUCAGCAGCGCACUGUUUUGACUAUGACAAAUAUCCAAAUCCAUCCGCUUUUGUUAUUAAAGUUGGAUCACACUCAGUAGCAAAGGAUGGAAAAGAAUAUGCAAUACAAAAUAUUCUAAAACACCCAGAGUACCGAAAAAGCCAUCAUUACAAUGAUAUAGCACUAUUGAAAAUCAAAGGCAGAGUGAAAUUAUCGGACAAAAUCUAUCCUGUAUGUUUGCCGUCAAAUGCACAAUACGAGGGAAGCAAUAAUGGCAUUAAUACCAUGACUGUCACAGGAUGGGGAACUGUCGAGUAUAAAGGUAAAGCCAGUGAAGUAUUGUUAGAAGUUAAAGUGCCAGAAGUGUCCCUGGAAAGUUGCCGAGACUCUUAUUCGCGUAUUUCUGUCAGAGGCAUCUCAAAAGGUAUUACAUCAGAUUUCAUCUGUGCUGGCUUUGAAGAGGGUGGAAAAGAUGCAUGCCAAGGAGAUUCAGGUGGUCCGUUGAUAAAAUAUGCAGAUGGAAGAUGGUUUCAAUUUGGCAUUGUUUCAUUUGGAUAUGGAUGUGCAAGACCUGGUUUUCCUGGUGUAUAUACGAGAGUUUCUAAAUACACACAAUGGCUUUAUGAAAACAGUGAUCUUAAGAUGGAUUUAAUAUAUUAAUUAUGCAUUUUCAAUGAGAAUAAUUGGAUGGAUUUUAAUAUAAUUAUGUAUUUUCAAUUUCGAAAAACUCAUUUGCAAGUGGAGGCAGUUGUUCUGCAGCUUUUGAGUGCCUUAGGUACUAAUUUGUUAUCUGAAAUAAAGAUAUGUAAUUCUAAACAAAUAUAGAAGAUUCUUAUGUUGGA